AUGCUCCGAUAUUUGGGUCGCUGCUGCAGCGGCCUUUGCGGCACUGAGCGGCGAGAACCCAGCCCGGUGUCGAAGUUGGCGUCCGUGCCUCUGGCCGGGCAGGAUGUGCGGAUGCCGCAGGCACCACCGCCACCACCACCGCGUCUGGCUCCCACACCUGCGGACCUUGAGGCUUUGGAGAAAGUCGCUCGAUGGAUUCAUCCAGGAGAUGGGUGGCUCCCACCUUUGGUGGAGGUGCCCAUGCACCUGGCCGGAGUACCACAGCUGGAGCUUCUUGUGAAACCGCCCUCGGUUGAAGCGCUGUGGGAGUGGUACGAGGAGCGCGGACUGCUUGACGGAGAUCCGAGCUGGGCUCACGUUUGGCCAUCAUCUGCCGCUCUCGGCGCUCUCCUGGCGGGCCGACCCCAGCUCGUUGAAGACAAGCGGGUCGCCGAGCUUGGCGCCGGCUUGGGCCUUUGCGGCCUCGUCUCGGCCGCAGUGGGGGCACGCACGGUGCUGCUGUUGGACCGUGAGCCCAGGGCGCUACAUUGUGCUGUGGCUUCUGCAGAGCUCGGCAAACUGGCGGUGCAGGAGGUUGGCGCGGCUUGCGGCGUGCAGGCCGCCGUCUACGACUGGGAUGCGCCUCAGAAUUUCAGGGAGCCUGUAGAUGUCCUCUACGACGUUACAGCCUCAAAGGCACUGGCUGCAGCCUCUUUGUGCCUGCUUCGUGGAGAGGCUGGUGACACUGAGCGCCGCCUCCGCGCCGGCUGCAGUAUAUUGGUGACAGAUCCUGUGCGCGAGCGCAUUACUGGGGCCCGCGAAGCCUUCGCAGGCGCACUGCGCGAGGCCGGGGCGACCGUUGAGAUUAGCAAGGUCAAGCCGCCCAACCUUGGAGAGGGCUUAGAAGAUCAGGAUGCGGUGGUCCUUGUUGAGGCACGCUGGCCAUAG